CAAGUCUAUAGGUUUAAGUAGCCGAAGUGGAUAAAUCCAUGACUCCGCCUCUUGGAAGUAAUCAGGCACCUUGGACUAGAAAUUCGUUUCGGAGCGCACUGGUUUCCCUCCUCUGAUAUCGGGUGAUGAUUUACAAUGGCCAUGAUUCCCUGGUUGCUGUUGUUUGUUCUCCUUUUUCUCGAUGAUUCCUUGGCAGAUAAUCCAGAGGAUGUGGGUGGAUGCUACAACAAGAACUUCAGCAUCCUUCUCAUUGAGUAUUCUCCAACAGAUACCCCUGACCCUGCAACAGCCUCAGUCUAUUUCACUCCCAGCAUCCCUGCUGGUCCUCAGAGAAUAGUGUUGGAAAAUGGACAAAUGAAGGACAACCGAUACAAUCUUGUGUCCAACAAGUCAGGAGUCUACUUUGAAGUACCUCAGCUAAAUGCAGAGGAUCAGGGGUUAUUUUCUGUGAUAUUCAAUGAUACCGAUAUGGAGAAUGAGACAUACUCCCUUACGGUGACAGAGUGCGCCCAUCUGGAAAAUUUGGAUUAUGGAAGUAAUUUCUCCAUUCUUCUCAACGGAGACAUUUUGGAGUUCACCAGAAGGGGCUCCUACUUGGAACCAGCGCUUUUAUGGAACCGGAGUCACCCUACUGUCAGUGAGAGGAGCAGAGGUCGAGCACAAGCUGGACACUGGCUAUCAACGAACAUCACCCAGACAGACCAGGGGAAUUACACCGUCCGAGAUGUCAAGGGCAAACCUGUGUCCACUACAGUCCUCAUUGUCACUGAGAUCCAUACCUAUGAUUAUAUGGAAAUUGACGAGGAUCUGAUCAUUGACCUACCCUUCAGUCUCUCCAAAGUGACCCUCCUCUUCCAUCCUGAAAUUGCUAAGUGUAAUGUGAAUCACCACGUCAGGCCAAGGGUCCUGGUGCGGGACGGGGUGCUGGUUUUAGAGGAGAAGCAGACCUAUGAGAAGAGACUAAAGAUGUCCCACUACCAGAUUGUGUUAGAGGAAUUCCAGAUUGCUGAUAUAGGAUCUUACCAUGUACAUGACCCCCAAGGGAACUUGGCUACCACUGUUGAGGUGGAAAUCAUAAUGCCCUCUGAGGCCUGGAAGACGGCAGCCUUACCUGUGGUUGGAAUUGUAUUCAUGUUACUGGGAUACUAUUGGAAGGCUAAGGGUAUUUCAUGUUGCAAAGGCAUUAAAGACCCAGAGGCAGCUUAAGCCUUUGUGGCUAAUGACGAACAGCAGAGGAACAUGAGUGUCUUUGUGUGGGUGAGUGUGUGUGUGCCGUAUAAAUUCUGGUCAGAUUUUACUUUGUGUACAAUCAGUGUUCAUGCACUAGACUCUAUAUUACAAGAAACAUAUUUUACUCUACAGUUUCCAACUGACGACAGCUUUCUUCAUGGUCCUUCUUGAAGGAAAGGAGUUACCAGGCAGUAGAUUCCAGACACUUUAAUAUAGAGCAGUUGGAAGUGCAACAUUGCAGAGACUUAUCUAGUUCAUUCCCAGCCCCGUAUACAAUCUUGCUUGAAGAGACUGAGAGUUCCAGCAGAUACCUUACAGAUUUUGCUAAAUUGCUCUUCCUCCUGGACAACUUUUUUGUAAGCUCUGUGGAGUAGUCUUGGUAUAUGAAGAAAAUUCUAUCAGUGUUCACCAUUUCGAGUACUAUUUUGAUCUGUAUGGCAUUUCUCUGGAAAAGAUUGACAUUUCAAUAAGUUGAUUUUUGCACCACCUACCUCACCAUACUGAAGCCUGGUUGAUAAACUGCUUGCAUCUGUUCCUCAGGUCAACAAAAGGUUUUGCAAAUAUUGUGGGCAAUAAAUAUGUGGACUUGAUAGUUAUGGGAUAUAGCAAGGCACCCACCCUACUUGAGCUGCCUCACAGUCAGUAUAAAAUAGAAACAUUUUACUUUGGCCCUCAAAUAUUUUACAGAACUGCCAUAUUUCCUUGUCAUUUUACUCUCUCUCUCUCUCUCUCUCCCUCUAUUAUAAGCAUGUUCUUGUUUGACUAAAAAGAAGAGGGUAAAUGUUGUUUUUAAAAGAAAUUUUUGUUUUGUAAUGGUUUACAUUUUUGUCUAUGGGCUAGUAAAAAAAAUCACGAAGGAAUAAAACCAUCCACUAGUGACACUUGGGAUUAUAUUAUACUGGUACAGCGGUUUUGAAAUAAUCCCAUGGAAGUCAUUCCAUAAAGGGAUGGGUGCCAUCAAAAGCGCACAAAUAUUGAGAUUAUUAGUCCACAAUUUUGUACAACUGAAGCGGUCCAAAUAGUCUGUGCCAUAGGCAGAGGAAAUGUAAGACUCUCCAUGUAUUUUUACAGAAAGGGUAAGUACAUGGAGCAAGUGUAUCAUAAGAACCAGAUUUUAUGCAGAAUGUUAAAUCCCAACUACUUGAAUAGUGUCUAGAGUCAAAGUUUUUUAUGUGUGCAUUUGUCAACAUUAUUAUGGAGAUUGUAUCUAGUGGUGAAGCACUUUGAAAUGUCUAGUUUUAUACUGUAUCAUUUCUCACUGGAAACAUUAAAUAUCUAUACUCCAAUUGAACAUCUUGAA